GUUCAAGGCGGCGAGCGUGAACUCGAAGCACGUUGGCGAUCGAGAGUGACCAUCCUUCCUGUUUUUCCGAUCGCGAAAAACCAGUCGGAAUCACUGAAGAACUGGAACACAAGGCGAGCGAAGGUGAGAGUGGAGCUGCUUCCUGGCUGCGUUUUCGCAAAUAACGCAGACGUUGGCCUUGCUGUCCGGCGGGAAAGCGAGUCGUUGAGGCGCGCAGCGGCGGAAAAAUGGUCAGUCUGCUCUGAGCCGCACUCCGGACAGCGAAGUCUGCUGAGAGAAAAAAUGGUGGCCCCAAACGCGCCCCAGCCGACCCCUCCGCGGGUGGCUCUCGUCUGCCUGGCGCUGCUCGCGCUGCCGGGGCCCCUCGGGGCCCUGGCGGCCCAAGUGGCUCCCCCAGGCGCCGAGUACGCGGGCCUCAUGCACCACGGCGUCAACCUGUCCGCCAUCAUGACCAUCUUCGCGCCCGUCUCUGAGAGGAUCGCCAACGAGCAGUGUCGCCGGGACAGCCACGUCUUCCUCGCCGAGCUGCACAAGUUCACCCUCUGGGCCACGCAAAUGUUCGACGCGUCAGUGAAGUUCCCAACCGGUGUGCUCUACGGCUCAACCUACGAUUUUGGCAAUUUCGACGAAUGCAUGCAGGUGCAGUCGCAACGAAACGAUAUAAACGGCAAAUACUGCCUGGCUAGAAUCAGAAUCUUUCCCGGCGCGGCUUCAUCGGCCGCCGCCUCGACUUCCGUGCCGGACAUGGCCACCCUGACCGCCACCUCGGUGGCGCCUCCCACGUCGACCACGCCGGUCCUACUCGAUACCUUGCACAACGAGUCUGCGUGGAGGAAAAUCGAGAGGAUUGCUGAGGACCCUUCGAAACUUCGUCGUGACGAAGUGCAUUGGGCUUUUUGUAUUCCCUCUUCUUGCGAAGCCGAGGAUCUGACUGUCCACCUGGAGGACGCCCUUUCCGUCUACACGGAGCAGUACGGCUUUUCUGUUCAGGUCAACGUCGAAGGUGACAUGUGCACCAUCAACAAGGGCUUCAACCUGACCAUCGGCGACAUCAUCACGCUAUCGGUCAUUUUCCUGUUUGCGAGCAUCGUGUCUAUGUGCACUGGCUACGACCUUCUCAGGCAGUUUCGCACAUUCAAAUGGAUUGAACUCAAAUCAGAUGUGGGUCACAACGUGGUGAUUUCCUUCUCGGCCGUGGCCAACAUUCGGAAGUUGCUUGCGCACAAGAAAAGCCCAGACGGCCUGGACUGCAUCCACGGCCUGAAGCUGAUCUCCGUGUUCCUCAUCAUCAUGGGACACAGGCUGAUGUUCAACCUCGGCUCGCCGCUCGUCAACACCGAGUUCAUCGAAGGGUUCUACGGCCGGAUCGACGCCAUGAUCCUGCUCAACGGACCCAUCGUGGUCGACACUUUCUUCACUAUCAGUGGAUUCCUCGUCUGCUAUCUUCUCUUGCAGGAAUUCAACCGUAGAAACGGAAAGCUUAGUUUCAUUGCUUUGUAUAUUCAUCGAUAUGUCAGGCUCACCCCAGUUUACAUGGUGGUUUUGGGCUUCUACGCAACAGUGUUGGCGAAAAUUGGCUCUGGUCCGCUGUGGCAACGCAAAGUCGGCGUGGAAGUCGAACGUUGUGUUGCUUCCUGGUGGGCCAACAUCCUCUACAUCAACAACUACGUCAACACCGACCAACUGUGCAUGUUCCAGUCGUGGUACAUCACGUGCGACUUCCACCUCUUCAUCAUCUCGCCGCCCAUCAUUUGGCUGCUGUGGAAGAAGCCGCGUUGGGGAGAAAUCUCGCUUGCGUUUGUCACCGUCAUCUCCGUGCUGGUCGCCUUUUUCGUCACCUACUGGGGAAAGCUUGAUGCUCUGCUCCUCCUCUACAUGAAGACGCUGAGUGACCCGAUCGCCAACAACACCUUCCGCGAGAUGUACAUCCCGACGCACACCAGGGCCAGCCCCUACUUUAUUGGAAUGGCCGCCGGCUACCUGCGCUACCUCAUCAAGAAAAACGACACCAAGAUGCCCAAGAUCGGCGUUUGGCUCGGCUGGGUGGUGGCCCUGGUGCUGAUCGAGGGGACCAUCUUCUCCGCCUGGGUCUUCUACCUGCCCGGACGCGAGUACAACGCGCUGCUCAACGCGAUCUACGGCGCCUUCCACCGCAUCACCUGGAGCGUCGGCACCAGCUGGCUCAUCCUCGCCAUCUCCACCGGAAAUGGAGCCUUCAUGGAGCCGAUCCUGACGUGGCGUCCGAUCGUGCCGCUGAGCCGACUGACGUACUGUGCCUUCCUGGCGCACGGCGGCCUGCAGCUCUACUCGGUCGCCUCCAGUGGCAACCCGUUCUACGGCUCUGUUUACAACCUCGUGUGGUUUACGUGCGGGGACAUCGUCGUGUCGUUCCUCGCGGCCCUCGCCCUCUCCUUGAUGUUCGAGUCGCCCAUCCUGAGCCUCGAGAAGAUCUUCCUCAAAAGAGAAGGCGCAAAGGAGCAAACGGGGAGCAGUUCGGAUUCGAGUUGCUGCGCGUCUGAAGUUACAGUCGACAUCGUGGAACAGGCGACGGCGUCGCAGUACAGCGCCAACAUGGCCCGAAACUGGAGGCAGACCAACGCCACCGGCAGUGCCAAGCCCUAGUAAUUCCGCCGAUCUAUCAUCGCCUAACCCGCAAACAACCCCUUGUCGUCAGCACCCCCCUGACACUUUCGAGCUGUGAUUAGACGCGGCAACGGCGGCAACGAUGCCGAUGGAGCGCUAAAUCAACUCAUUCAAUUUGCACCACCUCAUCAAGCAACCAAUCUCUGAGGCUGAAACACACGCACGCAUUUUGUAAAUAAAGAACUCAAGCUUCAUUCCUCUUCUGUUGUUCCUGCAAUUUUUUACUCUUUUUAAUAAAACUUGAAUAAUUAUAUAAUUA